AUGGAGUCGCGCAGCUUCAGGUCACCAAGGGACACCUUCUUCCCUAGGCUACAUAAACUUGGUUUCCGGACGAUAUGCACAUCGCACAGGCAGCGAGGUCACUAUCUGGCGGACUACUUUUGCUUCUUCUUGGAUAAUCAUCCCAUCAGCAACUUGUUCAAGGUGAUCGCUCGCCCGGGAGGCAAGGGAGCUGCCAGGCGAAGGGAUCGUAGACGGAAGGCCCGAGAAGUACAAGCUCAGCAAAACCAAGCCCAGGUAGAGCAAGCCCAGGAAGAACAAGACUUAGAGUCAUGCUCAGAUAUAGGCGAGGACAUGGACAGGCUAGAACAAUGGGGGCCAUUGGAUCACUUAGCUGCACCACCCAGUCUAGAGAACGAGCUCGGCACUUCGAUGUUGCCUAUGUAUCAAGACAGUAUGAAAAGCCAGCCUGUGCCUCCAACGAAACCGCUGCGGAGACUGGUAUCUCACAGGCCUCAAGACGACACAUUGGACUACCCGCAAGGCGAUCCGGUGCAUUCGAGUCACGGGUUUAUGCCGGAUAUGACGGAGUCACACCUCAAAUCAACCUCUGGUGCUAUGUAUGAUAGUGAGCACAAGAACACAGCCUCGCACGGGCGAGCGCAGGUGCCUUUUAUGGCGCCCAUCCAUGAACGACACCAGGACAACAUGUACUUUCCCAGUCAGUUCGAAGACAUUCCAUCGACCUCCCCAUCCAAUCUAAACGGAGCGUACGGUCAUGUCCCAGCUAUACAGCGCAGUCAGAACACAAACGCCAGAGAUAGACACCGUGGUUCUCUACCCGAGCCCCCCACAAAACGCUUGUUCGAUAUAUCACUACUACGAGGCUCCCAAAGCCACAACGACAGCGAGACAUCAGCUGUCGGUAGCGUUAGUUGGAAGGACAAUCCGAUAUCCACGACGCUCAGUCUGAACAUGGAGCAGGGCUCCCAUGCCAAUGGAGCCGCACAAGCACGAUCUCGCACGAUCUCAUACCCUAGUUCGAAUCUGGGGUUGAGCCAAAGUCCACGCAGUGUAUCUGUACCGGGCCCAGGUCCCCCCUAUACCAACCACCCACAAGACGACGACAGCCCAUACAUGUCCUUCCUGGCACGACGGCAGGCAGAGUACGACGCCCCAUCCGCGCAAUCGGGAACCAGUGCAUCGCUGGCAGAGAGGAAUGGUGCCAGCACCCUGGGAUACCAGAACGCGCCAGAAACCGAGAUGACCCGAGAAACAAGUUUGGAUUUGGGUAUGCAUACCACGAUGAGCCCCAGGGUCAGUACAAGUCACCCGAUCAAAAAGACAAAUUCAGCGAAGGAUUCACAGGUCUCCAAUAUACCCAUGUUCCUAGAAGCGCCUGACUUCAUCAACGGAGGGCUAUCGAUGGACGUCCAAGCAUUCAUCACCACCAGCGAGCACCCGACCGGUCUUAUGAACCGCGCACUGCCAAAACUCUUCGUCAGAGGCCAUCCGGUUAACGCGCGCCGAUGGAGUAUAGAGGACGAUGAGGUGUUGAUCGUAAACUACCGUGCCAAUAUGAAAUUGCUCGAUGGCGACGGGGAGAGACUCCUGUCCCAGACUCAGGCUGGAGAUCCGGUAGCGGGUGCGUUGGCUGACUCCCACGGUAUCGAACCGCUGACCUACAUGCCUGCUGGACCAACCUUCAGUGGGAAGUCAGACCUGCGCUCCUCGGGCGUUGGUGGGUGUUUGCAGGUGUCUACCUAUCCAUCAUCGGAUCAUACUGCGAAUACGUCACUGGCGAAGGCGGGUUCAGCGGGUACGCAGGCCUCCAGCAGGCUGAAGCAGUACUCCACACCCAGAACCAACACUCAGAUGCAAUCCGCACCAUACGUCAUGUCACCUAGACACUCCUUCUCCAACAUGCGGCGGAAGGGAUUGGAAACGGGCAAGUUCGGCGGCAGUGGGCGUUCCAAUUCGUCGAAUGGCACGAACGGCGAUGUGCUGUCGCAGCCACCUGCACGUGGUACUGCGUCGUAUGCGCGCAGCAUGAGCGUAGAGAGUGGCAGAGCAAGCACAGUCAAACACCGCCACAGCCUCGCCCGAGAGAACUGGCCACGUUUGGGGAGUCAUUGUUGUGAGGACGGCGACCAAGACACUCAGACGCUUCGACGGCUGUACAUGCAGUUCGAUGAGAAGGAUUCUCGUUCCAUGAACCCGGACAAGUCGGAUAUGGGCCUGCCGCAGGCGUCUGGCAAGACACGUCAGUCUCACUCCACUUUCGCUAUGGAUGGUGUCGAUUUGGAUCUGCCCAAUGUGCCGAAGAGUACCGGAGGUCCGAGUGAUAACGAUAUGGGUGGGCUCCAGCCUGGGCGUAUGCUGAGAUCCUCGCAGCCAGCUUCAGGGAUGGAGACUGAUGAUAUAUACAAGGCCCUUUCCGCGGAUAUAGAAAUGGAUCUAGAUAUGGAUCUGACCCGGGGCGUGCCUUUGCAUGCUGCAGGGCAGGACGGGAAUGAGUACGGGCGGAUGGAACGCAAGACACGAGCUGAAGACGCUCGCCCCACAGCCGGCGCUACGGAUGAUUCUGGAUCGAAAGGCCGUGGUAUGCAAGAUAGAAUGCGUGUGCAUGGGAAGCAGCCGGGCCCAUUCACCCCGAGUCCAGAGAAAGACCGGAUAAUCGCCACUGUCAGGCACGAGCACAACGACGAUCACUACUUGAGCUUCGGCGAGCAGGCUAAGGAAAGCACCAAUCCACUCACGGCAGACCAUCAGAGGGUGCGAUGGUCACCUUCAGCGGGUUCGCUCCAUAAUAUGAGCACUGUCGAAGCUGAAGACCAAUUCGACAAUCAAACGGCGCUGGGGCGGGCGCGAUCCAGCCCAGUGCGCAAUUCGACGCAUUACGCGAGCGAGGACUUCGAUAUCGAAUCCUAUAUCCAGAAACUAUUCCAGGCGUAGAUCAGCUUGCUCGUUGUCGCGAGGUUUCUCGGAAGCAUCAAUCUCAGUUGCAGUGGGUGAUUGGCAUUCUUUCUUGGCGCACCGAUCACUGGCAACUGCUUGGAAACACCGUACAAAGCGAAAGUGAUGGAAGGUGGAACGAUGGGGGUCUGUGACUCUCACCCGGGGCAGCGAGGCUGUAUCGCGAUCGUUUGUGGGAGGAUAGAGUAGGCGCUGUGAACACGAAGGCGAUAUAGACUAAAUAUAUCGUCACUUCUCAUAGGCGUGUUUGGUGUAUAUACUGAACAUAGGCGACUACAUAUGUGUACUGUACAAGCGAUAGAGAAGUAAUAAUUUCGAAGAUCAUAAGAAGAAAAGGGGAGGGAGGAAGAUAUUGUGGCGCAAGACUCCUUUGAUAUCCCAGUUGAGUUACCAAGGGGUGAAGCGUACUCGCGGUUGGGAGAGGAACUGUUGAGUUUAAAGGUAAUAUGAUUGUUUCAUACUACCAUUAAGCACUACAGCAGUGGGAUGUAAGCGUGGUAGUACUUACUUUCCGUAUUAGGAGAACGUGUGCGAGCGUUGGCGCCAGCAUCCGACAAUAGUCCCUGAAAACACUCACGUGUAUGUAUAUAUAUAUAUAGAAGUAAUUAAUCCAAUUGAAGUUGCAGGCACACUAACUAAAGUGUCGCCCACAAUGGGUACCCUAGUCUACAUACCGUGCAGUGGCUUGAACCUGUCUC